GAUGACUACUACCGACGCGAACCGCCCCCUCUAUUCCUUGGAGAACUGCAAUCACAAAAUUCCGACCUGCAGCGAGAGCUGGGCAACCUCAAGAAGGAGCUGGAACUGACCAACCAGAAGCUGGGCUCCAGCAUGCACAGCAUAAAGACGUUCUGGAGCCCAGAGCUGAAGAAGGAGCGGGCGCUGCGGAAGGAGGAGAGCGCUAAAUACAGCCUUAUAAACGACCAACUUAAACUGCUCAAUCAGGAGAAUCAGAAACAAGCAAUGCUAGUACGUCAAUUGGAAGAAGAACUUAGACUGCGCAUGCGCCAGCCCGCUCCAGAGUUACAGCAACAACUUGAGGCGCUAUACGCGGAAAAUGAACAUCUACAACGGGAAAUCGCUAUUUUGAGGGAUACUAUCAAGGAACUUGAAUUACGAAUUGAGACCCAGAAGCAAACGUUACAAGCCAGAGAUGAAAGUAUUAAGAAAUUAUUGGAAAUGCUACAGAAUAAGGGAAUGGUUACUCACACAAAGUAUUUUCCAGGUAAGGAAGAAGAAAGGCAAAUGUUCCAGCAAAUGCAAGCCAUGGCACAAAAACAGUUGGAUGAGUUCCGUCUGGAGAUUCAGAGGCGAGACCAGGAGAUCUUGGCGAUGGCGGCGAAGAUGAAGGCGUUAGAGGAGCAGCAUCAGGACUACCAGCGGCACAUCGCCGUGCUCAAGGAGUCGCUGUGCGCGAAGGAGGAGCACUACAGCAUGCUACAAACAGACGUUGAAGAACUAAAAGCUCGUCUCGAUGAAAAGAGUCGACUCGUGGAAAAGAAGACAGCUGCAGCAAUGGCUGCUGCGCAUGAGUUGGCAGAAUUGAGAGAUCACUCUGAAAUCAAGGAUAGAAAGAUUAACGUGCUGCAGAGGAAGAUUGAAAACCUUGAAGACUUACUCAAAGAGAAAGACAACCAAGUCGAUAUGGCUAGAGCCAGACUGAAUGCAAUGCAAGCGCAUCAUUGUUCCUCAGAAGGUGCUUUAUCAUCUCUAGAAGAAGUUAUAGGUGACAAAGAGAAACAAAUCCAACAGCUAAGAGAACAGAGAGACAGAGCCGAACAUGAAAAGAACGAAGAAAGAGAGCUUCAUGAAAGAGAAUUAGCCGAUUAUAAGAUGAAACUGCAUGCACUCGAAAGUGAGGUAGAAAAAUUGGGCGCGAGACUCGAAAGAGCUUCAGCCGAGAAGGACAGGCUUGAAGCGAAAUUAGAAAGUUCACAGUCCGAAUUAGGCAAAUCUAAAGCAGAGUUAGACAAAGCAGCAAGUGAAGUCGGAAGAUCUGGUGCCGAUUGGGAAGCCGCAAAACAACGCCUCGCUAGACUAGAAUUAGAAAACGAAAGACUUAAGCACGAAUUAGAGAGGUCUCAAACUACGUUUGGUAGAAGCACAUUAACUACGUCACAGGAACUGGACAGAGUGCAAGAGAAAGCUGAUAAGAUGGCCACUGAAUUGAGAAGGACGCAAGCAGAGUUACGAGUGACACAAGCAGAUGCGGAAAGGUCCAGAGCUGAAGCUGGUGCGUUACAAGAAAAGUUAGAGAAAUCACAAGGGGAGGUCUAUCGUCUCAAAGCAAAACUCGAAAAUGCACAAACCGAACAGGAUAGCUUGAAGGAAGAAUAUGAUCGGGUACAAUCAUCCAUCAGUCGUCUCCACUCAGAACGUGACAAGGCCAUAGCAGAACUGGACAAGGCACGAGAAGAACUAGAAAGGACACAGGCCACAUUGGGCAAGGCGCAGUUACAGCAAGAUAAGUUACAGGCAUCGCUAGAUGCGGCUCAUUCAGAGAUCGAUAAACUGCAAGAGAAAUUGGAUAAGUCUGCUGUGGAAGUUAGGAAGUUACAAGUAGACCGCGAGAAAUCAGCUUACGAUUUCGAGUCACUCCAAUCACAACUGGACAAGGCGUUGGGUCAAGCAGCUCGUUUACAGAAGGAAAGGGACACCGCUCAAUUGGACGCUGAUCGGUUUAGAGACAAGCAUGAGAAGGCACAAGCGCUCGUAGCGCGCAUACAAAAAGAGCGCGAUUCAGCGCUUGCAGACGCUGCAAGCUGCCGCGAGCGGGCGGAGGCAGCGGCUGCAGCGGCUAACCGCGCUGCGAGAGACCGCGAUAGUGCUGCCACGGAGUUGGACGUGCUAAGGGAACGAUGGGAAAAAGCGCAUCAGCAGCAUCAAAAAUUGACUAUGGAACGAGAUGACGCCCUCACUGAAUUAGAAAUAUUGAAAGAGAAAUUAGACAAAGCCUUGUAUUCAACACAAAAGACCGUAGAGGAAAAAGAGACCGCGCACAAAGAAUACGAAAAAAUGCUUGAGAAGUAUGAUAGAUCUCAAAACGAAAUAUACAGACUGCAAAACAAGAUAGACAUACUGGAAGCUGAUAAAGACCGUUUAGAAUUGGAAUUGGAAAAACAAGUUCACUUAUCUACCAAAUCUAGGGAUGAUCUGAGGAAACUGCAAGACGAAUCCGCAAGACUACAGGAAAUGUAUGACAGGGCAUCUUUACAAUUAGGCAGGACCAAAGAACAGGAAGAGAAAGCAAAGGAAGAUAUGGAUAGACUAUGUGUUGACAUUGAAAUGGUUAGAGACCGUUACGAAAAGAGUCAGAUCGAGCUGCGAAGACUGCAAGCAGAGAAAGAAAAAUUAGUGGCAGACAGUGAACGUUUACAGUUUGAAUAUGACAGAGCAAUGACACAGUGUGGUAAAGCACAAGCGUCCAAUGAAAAGACACAAGAAGAAAUGGCCAGAGUGCAGGUAGAACUCGAAAAGAUGUACGAUAAGCACGACAAAGUAUCGGCCGAGUUGAGAAGGGUUCAGGCUGAAUUAGAUAAAGUUAAAGCGGAUGCUUCAGGUGCCCGAGAAGAAGCAGAACGAUAUGCAGCGCGUUACGGAAAGUAUCAUGAUACGAAGGAAGAACACGAAAGAACUAAGUUGGAAGUUGAACGGCUUCGCACACGGCUAGAGAAGACCACGCUAGAGCUGGAGCGCGCACGUAAAGCGGAAGAAGAGGUUACCCGUCUACGUUCUGAACUAGAACGCGUCGAGGGUCUCCGAGGUAAAUACCAAUUCGAACAGGAUAAAUGGAGUACUGAAUUAAGCCGCAUGCAAACCGAACUCGAUAAACACCGCGAACGAUUCGAAUCAUCACAAACUGAAAUCCAACGUCUGCAAGCUGAAAAGGAACAAGCGGAAACUAAAUUACACGAAUUGAAUAUACAGUUGGAACUGUCUAAGAACGAAGUGACGAAAUUAUCAACGGCCAUGGAGAAACAAAGAACUGACCUUGAACGUGCUCACAUUGAGUGUGAGAAGUUCAGGGAUAGAUGUGAGAAAUUGAAACUGCGUUCGGAUCAAUUAGAAAAGGAUAAUGAAAGACUAAAGGGAGAACUAACACAAAUUGAAAGAAUGAAGUUACAAGCAGUUGCUGGCGAUAAGGCAAGGACGGAAGAUAGACUAGAAAUAGAACGACUCCGUGAUAAAUUAGAGAAGGCAAUACAAGCAAGAGAUGCAACAGAAAUGGAGGCAGGCCGCUUAGCUAAAGAACUUGAAAAGUCACAAAUGCAUCUUGCGAAGUAUCAGGAGACAAAUGAGACUACACGCGUAGAGUAUGAUAGAAUGACUAACGAAUUGGGACGCAUGCACGAACGCUUAGAAAGAACAAUAUUAGAAAUGCGGCAGAUUGAACAAGAAAGGGACGCUCUCAGAGCUGAGAUACAGAAUACUAGACGCAAUAUAGAACAACAACAACGUACAUUAGAUCAUCGCACGCAAGAAACAUUAGUUAAAUUACAACAAGAAUUAGCUCAAUCAGUGAGAGAUAGAGAAAAGAUGGCAUCUAUACUAGAACAAAGAGAUAAACAAGCUGAUGCAAUAGAAAAGCAGAUAGUCAAAUUAGAAGCGGACACGAAGCAACUGACAAUUGAACGCGAUCAACUUGUAGCCCAAUUAGAAAAGUCUCAGGACAUGCUUGUGAACUUCCAACGAGAAUUGAACUCGUCGGAAACAGAACUGCAAAAGCAGCGUGAAGAAGUGAGACGAUUGAAAGAGGAGCAAAGAAAAAUCGCACAAGAUUCCGAACGCGGUGCAAAAUCUGUUAUCGAGAGCCGCGACCGGGAGAUCGCGAAAUUACAACAACAAAUGCAAGCUGUCUCAAAAGAAAAGGACUCUUUCAGGCAGCGCGCAGAAAAGGCUGAGAAAGAGGCACAGAGAGCCGCUGAGGUCGAUAAAUGGAAAGCCGUCGUCGAAUCGGAAAAGACUAAAGCGAUCGCAGCGGAAAAAGCGCUAUCGGAAUGCCAGCAACGCUUACACUCAUUAGAGAAACAAUUCCAGGCUCAACAUCAGCAAUUGCAGCAGCUGCAAUCUCGUGGACCGUCCAACGUGCAAGAAGUACAGAAGCAGCUUGAAGCGGCUCAAGCGGAGGCGCGAUCGCUCGCGGUUGAAAGGGAACGUUGCCAGUCGCAGCUGGAGAUGCUCGUACAAGAAUUGGAGAAGAGCCAGCUCGAUCUCCGAGAAGCGAACAAGAAACUCCAACAAGCUGGACAGAGCGGCAGAGCUGGGGACGAUACGGCUCAGGCUAGAAAACAACUACAAGAAGAAUUCAAGAAGCUAGAAGACGCAAGAAAACAAUUUGAAGAGAACAGAAGAGCGGUGGAGAACAAACGGAAAGACGUGGAGGAGAAAGAGAAAUCGCUAACGGAGUUAGACCGACAGUUAAAGAAGAGAAAAGAGCAAAUGGACCAAAUGGAAGCAUCCUUAAGGAAGGCCGGCGGCAGCACAGCAGCGGUAACAGAAAUGAAUCGCAAGCUCACAGACACGCAGAAAGAAGCCGACGAUCUCAAGAAACAGUUGGGUUCAUCUCAAGAGGAGUCAAAGCGGUUGGCGGCUGAAACCGAGCGACUGUUGCAACUUGUGCAGAUGUCGCAAGAGGAACAGGCGCAAAAGGAGAAGCAGAUUAUGGAUUUGCAGCAGUCUGUGAGAAACCUUCAAGCCAAAUUAAAAACUCAGCAACAAGCACAAGCACAAAGAGAAGAGGCCGGACCCGCUGGCUUCCUCAAAAGCUUUUUCUAAGUUAGCCCUUCUCAAGACUGUCGUUCAUUUAUUUUAUCAUUUUGUUUAAUUUCGUUCUUUAACUGUCGCACUUACUAACUUUCCGUAAGCGACUUCUCCGAACUC